CCCCUCCCUACAGUCGCUCACGUUCCCGGCAGCCCUCGCGCGCCCAACAUGGCGGCCCCCACAAGGCAAAGGUUCUACCCCCUGGCCCGGGCUCUGGGCUGGUGUUCUCGCCAGAAUUUAGAAGUCUCCUGUCCAGCACGAGUGACCCAGUCCAUCACUGUGAUCCCAGUAAGAACCAAGAAGCGCUAUGUGCCCCGUAACAAUGAGCCCAAAUUCAGAAGCGAAAAGGAGUUUCGGGACUAUGCUCGUAAAGCAGGGAUUAUCAUCCCCAAAGAACGUCUUGAACGUCCCAUUUAUGUGACUUGCUCAGCUGGGAUUUUUGAUGCUUACAUUCCUCCUGAGGGGGAUGCUCGCCUAACAUCCCUCUCCAAGGCCGGCCUGAAGCAGAAAACAGAGAACCUCAAGCAGGGCGUGAUCUCACAGUUGGCAAUUCGGAAAUUGAGAGAAUAUGAUGCUGAUUUCCGAGUCAAGACUUUCCCAGAAAAAGCUCAGCAGAUCUUUGUUGAAGCUCAUCAGUGCCUUAACACCUCUGACCAUGAUCGACUUCAUGCCCUGGCAACUGAGCGCUGCUUCCCGGAAAUGGUGUGGGAUCUCAGACUUAAGACAGUACGUUGGAGCUUUGUGGAAUCUCUGGAACCACCAAGGGUAGUUCAUGUUCGUUGUCCAAAUAUGGUGAACGAGGGCAACUUAUAUGGCCAGGUCACUGUCCGCAUGCACACUCGCCAGACCCUGGCUAUCUAUGACCGCUUUGGGCGGUUGAUGUAUGGACAAGAAGAUGUGCCCAAGGAUGUGUUGGAGUAUGUGGUAUUUGAGAGACACUUAACAAAUCCUUACGGGACCUGGAGAAUGCAUGGCAAAAUUGUCCCUGCCUGGGCGCCUUCCAAAGAGCCCAUCCCCAAGACGAUGAUGAUUCCUGGUCCCAAACUCGAGCCGUGGGAAGAAUAUGAAGAGAAGAAUGUGGACAUUCAGAAGCCUCAGCCAGUUCAGUAGCACAAGUAGGGCAGGUUGGAGAAGUCUGGCAAAUUGAUACUGGAGCAUUUCACCAAGACUCUGAAACCAGGUCCUCCAGAUGUUGUGGCUCCAAGGAGCAAGAAGGAAGCUAUCCCUUGGCCACCUUUUCACUUCAAGAAAGAGGGGCAAUUGUUGGAAAUAAAACCCCCUUAGAAUUUCAAAAU